UAUACAGUAUCGCUGUUUGCCGCGGUGGUUUGUUCGUAGUUCAGUAGUUCUGUAAUUUCUAACCAAAUAGAAGAAUAUUACUUAAAAAAAUGGGCGGUGGAGACGAAAGUGGGUCUGGUAGUGAUAGUGAACUCGAAGAAGAAGAUCAAGUAGUUCGAGGAGGGGGAAGAAAAAGAGGGAGAGGAGGUGGAAGAGCAAUGCAAGCUCAAAAAAGGUCAAAACAAGACAGCGAUGUCCCUGCUACGUUGUUUGAAGUUGUACGACAAGGGAAGAUGGCAAUGACUGCUGUAGUUGACGAUUGGAUCGAAGCUUAUAAGGCUGAUCGAAAUGAAGCUCUUCUAGAUUUAAUUCAAUUCUUCAUCAAUGCAUCUGGUUGCAAAGGAACUGUAACUCCAGAAAUGUUACGUGAGGCCUCAGAAGGAUUUCAAGACGUUAUUAAAAGAAUGACUGAAGAAUUUGAUGAGGAUAGUGGGGAUUAUCCAUUGAUUGCAUCUGGACCAAAUUUUAAGAAGUUUCGUUCAAAUUUCUCCGAUUUUGUUCAGGCUCUCGUACGUCAAUGUCAGUAUCAGAUAAUAUACGAUCAAUUUAUGAUGGAUAAUGUAUUGACAUUACUGACUGAAUUAAGUAACUCACAAGUACGGGCUUUCAGACAUACUUCUACUCUUGCUGCCAUGAAACUCAUGACAGCACUUGUGAAUGUUGCACUCCAAUUGAGUGUGAGUUUGGACAAUACUCAGAGGCAGUACGAGGGAGAGAGAGCAAAAUCUGCAAAUAAAAGAGCGUCAGAGAAGUUGGACAUGCUCCUCGAAAAAAGAAAAGACCUUGAAGAUCAACAAACUGAGAUUGAAAGCAUGCUUAAUGGAAUCUUCAAGGGAAUUUUUGUUCAUCGUUAUCGUGAUUUCAUUGCUGAUAUUCGAGCAUUAUGCAUGGAAGAAAUAGGGGUUUGGAUGAAAAUGUUUCCCAAAGUGUUCUUGACCGACAGUUACUUGAAAUAUGUUGGCUGGACUCUUCACGAUAAGCAAAAAGAAGUUCGUAUGAAGUGCCUCAUGACGUUACAAGGUUUAUACAGAGACGAUGAAAUGACGAAGGAUUUGAAAUUAUUCACGAGUCGAUUCAAAGAUAGAAUUGUGUCGAUGACAUUGGAUAAGGAAUACGAUGUUGCAGUUCUGGCUAUCAAGCUCUUGAUUUUAAUUCUUGAUCAUUGUGGAUAUGACACUCCAGUUUUGUCUUCAAAUGAUUCGGAAAGUGUUUAUCAGCUUGUGUAUUCUGUGCAUCGACCUGUUGCCAUAGCUGCUGCCGAGUUUCUCAACAAGCAAUUGUUCGCAAACAAGGAGGUGACUCCAGGAUACACAAAACGAGGGCGAAGAAGAAGUCCAAAUGCUCCUCUCAUUACUGAUCUCGUGUUGUUCUUCAUUGAGAGUGAGCUCCAUGAACAUGCAACCUAUCUCGUUGAUUCCUUGUGGGACGUAGCUUCUAAUAUGCUCAAGGAUUGGGAUUGCAUGAGUGACUUACUCUUGGAGGAACCAGCCAAUGAUAGAGAUCAAAUGGAUUCGAGACAAGAAAGUGCAUUAGUUGAUAUUAUGGUAUGCAGUGUGAAGCAAGCUGCAGAAGGAACACCUCCGACUGGUAGACAAGGGUUUUCAAAGAAACUUGCUACCAGAGACAAACGAACUGCUUUAGAAGACAAAGUCCGUUUGACUGAACUUUUUAUUGUCGCUUUACCAUCUUUACUCAACAAAUAUCAAGUUGACAAGGAAAAGGUCACCAUGCUUCUACAAAUCCCAAGAUUCUUUGAUUUGGAACUCUACACAACCAGCAGACUUGAAAAACAUUUGGAAAUGUUGCUUCGACAAAUGUCGACAAUCAUCGACAAACACACAGAUGCAGAUUUGUUGGAACAAGCUUCAAUGACUUAUCAUAAACUAUGUGACAAUGAUUACACAAUGUGCAACAAGGCACAAGUCGAACGACAGACUGUCAUCGACACUUGGGCUGAGAAUUUUACUCUGGCUUUAGAUAUCUUCAAAGAUGCGACUUCCGACUCAACAAAUGGAGCAGAUGAAGAAGAAAUAUACAAUGUAGUGCAAGCAUUGAAAAGAUUGACACAAAUCUACAUGCAUAAUAACAUAUUAUCUUGCGAACUGCAUCCCAGUGUGUCUUCUAUACUGCAGAUGUACCAAGAAAAACCUGAUUCGGUCCCAGAGGAUAUGUUGGAGCAAGCUAUCAAGUUCCUACAUUGCGAUUUGAUGUAUAAUCUUGCGGUCGUAAAACAUCAGGAAGAUGGAGGCCAGUCUGCUACUCAAGAUCAGAAGCUAGCCAUUGCAAAACUUCGACAAAAAGUCACCGAGUUUUUACAGUCGUGUCAGGAACUGUUGUCACAGUCUCCACAUCCAAAGGUGAAGGAAGCAAGUUACAUGGCAUUAUGUGAUCUGAUUGUCUUGUUCUCUCCUCAACUUGCACACAGUUGUCCUAACCUUCGACCCCUGGUUCAACGACCAUCUGACACCGUACAACAUUUGCUCAUCGACUUCGUUAACACCUAUGUAUUCAUUGUACAUGAGGAUGAUGAUGAUGACGAAGAGGACACUGCCAAGAUAGAUGCUCUGCAUCACAGAAGAUUAUUGCUUGCUGCUAUCUGUAAACUAUUUGUCUUCAACAUGAUUGAAUUAAGACUGGCUGCAUCAGUAUUCCAGCAGUAUAUCAGGUUUUAUCCCGAUUAUGGUGAUAUUAUAAAAGAAACGAUCAGCAGGGCAAGACAUGCAAAUAAAAUGGCUUGUGCUCACACACUCGCCCUCAGCAUCAUGUCGUUGUACCGAGAGACUAUUCGUAUGCAGGGGGGCUCGCUUGAUCAGAGCUCUCAAGAGUACGGACAUUUGAAAGAAUUAGCUCGAAGAUUAUCACUUACUUUUGGUUUGGACCAAGUUAAAACCAGAGAUGCGGUUGCAGCCCUUCACAAGGAAGGUAUAUUAUUUGCAUUGAAGAAGAGCGAUGAUCAUUACAAUGAGAAUUAUCCUCCUGAAAACUUGAGUUUCCUUCUCAUACUCGUCGAAUUUUCCUCCAAACUGAUGAGACAAGAUCGUAAGACUGUCGUGAAUUACUUGGACAAACAUAUCAAACCACAUAUGUUGAAGCAACAGACAGCAGGAUGGAUUCCACUCGUAACUUAUAGAAACUCGUUAAUACAAGGAUCAGAUGACGCUGAAAUUAUGAAACAACCAAUGAAGGGUCGCAGAGGCAGAAAGAAGAAAAAUGUGGACGGUGACGUGGAUGCACCUCGAACACCUAUGACACCUGCUACACCUAUGAGCCCUGGUGCACCUAUGACACCAAUGAACCCUGUGCCACAGCACACAUCAACAGUACAACGUGAUGGUGUUCCUCCAAAACAAAUGCGAAUGGAUGACGCUAACGUUUCCUCUAUAUCAUACCAGCAACAUGGCAAUCAAAGAGAUCUCAAAUCAUGGCUUGAUAGUGGAAAGGAAGGUCGUAGAUUGAGGCAGCGUCGAGAUAAAAAUAAAGUUUCAGUGAGUGAGGAAGAUACCACACCCAAGAGAGGAGGAAAAACAUCAAUGUUAGCUUCCAUAUUCGAUUCUGAAAGUCAGGAAAGCUCUGAUAUUGGAGACGUGAGUGAGAUCAGAAAGAAAUUGAGAAAGGUACAGGUUGAGGAUGUUUCUGAGAGGAGUGUGAGAGACGAGGAUGUUAUUGAGGAGGUUUCAGUGAGUGGUUCGAAUACUGAUGAAGGAAAAAAGACUAGUACACAUCCAAUCAGAAAGCGGAAAAAGACGGGAAUUGAAAUUAUUAGCGAUGAAAUUGAUGAAUUUGGAAAUAAAAAUGGGGCAUUAACGACAAACACUUUGGAGAGUUCAGCGGGGAGAAAAGGUACAAGAAGAAUCAAAGAACGAAAUGCUGAUAAAAUUCCUAAUAAAGCCAUGGAUUCAGAUGUUUCUGGUAGAAUUAUAAAGAAAAAGAAUGAAAAUUUAAAACCGAGAAAAUCUGUGGUCACUGAUGCAGAAUCAAUGGAUGAAAAUGACGAAUCUGACUUCAAAGAUGCUGUGGAGAGUUUUUCGCCUGAAAAAAUUGCCAAAAAAGCUUCUCGCGUUCUGAAAAAAGGAAAAAAUAUUGAUAUGGAAAGUCCUGCUCAGAGACGGUCUUCUAGAAAAAAUAGAAAAGUGUUUUCAUAUAAUGAAGAAUCGCCAGAAAUUGAAAGUUCGCCUAAGAAAUUAUUACGUGAAUCGAAACAGGAAAUACAGGAAGGUGGAAAAAGAACUAGAGACGCGAGAAGUAAUCGACUCUCUGAAUUUGAGCAAGAAAAAUCAUCCCCAGCUCAUGUUUCCUAUUUCAAAAAUAUUCAAAGUAAUCCGAAUGUUACAAUUGAUGACGUGAAUGUAGAAGAGGAAUUGUUCGGCUUUUGGGAUGAAAUUGAAAGGAAGGAGAAUGACAGAAAAGAUGAAGAUACAUCAUUGAGUUCGGAGGAGAGUUCGUUUGAGAUGGAAAAUGCUGACAUCAGCAAAAAAUUUACUGACGAUACAACAAAAAAUGAACCCAAAGAAACAACGAAAAUAGCUAAAAUUCGACCAGAUCUGAAAAAUUUUGCCAAACAGAGCGUUGCGACUACUCCAUCAAUAUCACAAGGUAGUCAGUUAUCCGAGAAAGAAAAAGCAGAAUUUGAAAAGUCUGAAAAAUUUGAUCAACUGUCCGGAACGCAAAGCAAAAUGGAAGAAGAUGGCUUCUUAUCAGCUGACGAUACAACUUUCAUCUCAGAAGACGAAGUAUUCAAAGAUGCUCGUUCGCAAAAAAGUUCGUUAAAAUCUCCCGCCAAGGUUGUAACAACGCAGGAUGUUUUCACAUCGGCAAAUCCUUUCGCAAAAUUCACCAAGAAUUUACGAGGAACCAAACUCAUCGGAAAAAUUCAGAGUGAAGAUGAAGAGGAUUUUAUGAGUGAGGAAUCUCUGAGUGACGAGAAUGCUCCUUUAUCUCCGUUGACGCAAAGAUCUGGCGCAACUGUUCGCACCCAUAUUUCUGAUGUCGAUGUAGUCGAUCUACUUUUGGAUGAAAACGACUCGAAAAAUCAGGAUGAAAUGUUUGGAGCUUUUGCGAAUGUUGUUCGUGACGUCCAUAGUCAAAGUAGUCAAAAUAUAGAUUUGCUUAGCGGAGGUACAACGCAAAGGUCAAAGUUUACUGAUAAUGCUGAUUUCGAUCUCGAUAGUUUAUUCAAUAGUGGGGACGAGGGGAGCGAGAGUGAGAUGGAUAACCCGUUUGCUGCCGCGUUAAAGAAAGCGAAAUCAAGUUCGCGACAUUUGACCUCUCCUAUGUCUCCGAUGUCCAGUGACUGUGAUGAGGAUAAUUUUGCAACGAUGUUUGGAUUCGGAAAAACCAAGAAAAAGACAAAAGUAUUGAGGCAACCUAACUUGAUGGGAUCAACAAUGAUGACAUCACCAGGUCAUUCUAUGACAUCACCAGUACAUCAAGGAACCCCUGAUUAUCAUCAGCAAAUGAGACAAGGCGGGGGAGGUUAUCAGCAAAUACAACAACAACAACAACAGUUUGUAGUUCCAGGUCAACAAAUGAUGUACCAACAGCAAGGUUAUCAAAUGAUGCAGUCCCCAGGACAUAUGCAGCAACAAUCUGGCAUGCCUGGACAAUCGUUUUACGGAAGUUGAACUCCAACGAUCGUUCCAUGAAAACCGAUUUAUUGACGAUCGAAGGACCGGCUCACUAACACUGCCGAAUAUUAGUCGUUUUUCUGUUCAUGUUUUUUUGUAUUAUUGAUUUAGUUGUUGUUUUCAUAAUUUUGUCCAUGGAAGAGUCUUGAACUAGAGCUUCGUUUAUAAUCAAAAUACCAAUAUGGACUCAAUUUUCUAUCAUGUUG